GGGCGCGGGGCGUAGGAGGGGAGCGCGGCAUGGAGGCGGGCGCGGGGGGCUCGCGCGCCCACCUGGCCGCGCUGGUGCUGGCGCGCGGCGGCAGCAAGGGGAUCCGGCUGAAGAACAUCAAGCUGCUGGCGGGGGUGCCGCUCAUCGGCUGGGUGCUGCGCGCCGCCGUCGACGCCGGCGUCUUCCACAGCAUAUGGGUUUCUACAGACCAUGAUGAAAUUGAGAAGGUUGCAAAGCAGUUUGGUGCUCAAGUUCAUCGCAGAAGCCCUGAAGUUUCUCAAGACUCCUCAACUUCUCUAGAAGCUAUCAAAGAAUUUCUUCAUCAUCAUCAUGAGGUUGAUAUUGUAGGAAAUAUUCAAGCAACAUCUCCCUGUUUACAUCCCAGUGAUCUUAUAAAAGUGGCAGAUCUGAUCCAGAGGGAGGGGUUUGAUUCUGUCUUCUCUGUUGUGAGACGGCAUCAAUUUAGAUGGAGCGAGGUAAAAAAAGGAGAAAACAAAAUGACAGAGCCCCAAAACCUGAAUCCAGCAAAACGGUACCGGAGGCAAGAUUGGCCUGGGGAGCUGUAUGAAAAUGGCUCAUUUUAUUUUGCCAAGAGACAUUUGAUUGAGAAGGGCUAUUUGCAGGGUGGUAAAAUGGCCUACUAUGAAAUGCGGGCAGAGCACAGUGUGGAUAUCGAUAUAGACAUUGAUUGGCCUAUUGCAGAGCAGAGAGUAUUGAGCUUUGGAUAUUUUGGCAAAGAGCCAUUAGAAGAAGUGAAGCUAUUGGUUUGCAGUAUUGAUGGAUGCCUGACAAAUGGUCGCAUUUAUGUGACAGAAGAUCAGAAGGAAAUGGUCUCCUACGAUUAUAGAGAUAUUGUUGGUAUUGAUCUAUUAAAGAAAAGAGGAAUCCAGGUUCGACUGAUCUCUGAAAGAGAUUGUUCAAAAACACUGUCAGCCAUGCAGCUGGGAUGUAUAGCAAAAGUUAGUGCAACAAAUAAAUUACAAGUCCUGGAGGACUGGCAAAAAGACAUGGGUUUGAGCUGGAAAGAAGUCGCUUACUUAGGAAAUGAAGAGUCUGAUGUGGAAUGCCUGAAGAAAGCUGGCAUGAGUGGUGUGCCUGCUGAUGCUUGUGCACUUGCUCAGAAGGCUGCUGGUUAUAUUUGUAAAAGCAAUGGUGGCUGUGGAGCUGUCCGGGAGUUUGCGGAACACAUAUUCCUGUUGUUAGAAAAAGUGAACUCUGCAAGAAAGCAAAAGGAAGAAAUGAGUUCAGCAGGAAAGGAAAUGGGGGGGAAAUGAGAACAGCAGGAGAGGAAGUAAGGGACUAAUGAAAAAAGAGUAAUACUGCUGGUCAAUCCUGCUUUUCUUCUUCUCCUCUUCCUCUCUCAUUAAGUGUCCCAAAGGAUGGCUUAUCUUUCAAGUUUUACAUUGCAGUAGUGUUAAAAAGAUGUUUCUGAUUUAAGUCCCACUUUAAGUGCUGAUAUUCACAAUCAUAUGCUGAUAAUGAUGAUCAUAUUAAUGAUUAUUUUAAAAGCCAUUUAAGUGCAAUGGAAGGAAUUCUACAAAAGGUAGUGUCCUGUAAAUCUACUCUUCCUACAGGAAUGAUGUGUCUUUUAUUUCAUAAUCUGAAUAUUUUCAGGGAUCAUUGAUUUUGCACAACUUGAGGAUUUGUAAUUCAGACUUAAAAAAAAAAAAUGCUGUCAGUUUUGCUUAUUUGUUUUAUAUUUCCUCUAUCAAAUGUCAACAUGAUGGUGUGGUUGUGUGUUUGCUCUUUACAGGAUUCUUCCUUAGUAAGGAAAAGUUUUAGCAUAUGCUGGAGAGGUCAGGUGUAAAAUAACUAUCAAACUUCUUCCUAUAGUUUUAAAAGACAGUGCAGUUACUGUAAAACCAGUUAAUAUUAGUGUUAGUUAAGAAAAGCACUUAAGCAUGUGUUCAGUUUUAAGGUCAUAAAUAUUUAAAUGGCAUUUGGAAUCGUGCCUCUUAUCUUUGAAUCUGUUUAUAUUGGGUUUUAUUACAGUGCUUAAAUUAACAUACUCAAAUGCUUAGCCAAUCAAUUUCCCGUUAACUUUGAGAUCUUCCCUUUGCAGAAAGUCCGUUUCUUUCUAUGAAGGCUUUAUUAUAACCACUAAUGAGUGGAAAAAAAACCAAACCAAAACCAAAAACGCCUUUCAUGUUUAUUGUAUGGAAAAGUACUGUUGUUUAAAAAAAAAAAAUUGUUGUUGAUUGUGGGUUUAUAUAUAUAAAGUCUAUUUUUAGCAUGUUAAUUUAAAGUUGGUGUAUAUGUAUGUUUGUAUUUAUGGAAAAUACAAUUUUUACCAUGUCUUGAUUUAAAGAACUCAGUAUCUGUAAACACUUGUAGAACUGACACUAAAAAUAUGCAUCAGUUUUCAAUCCUGGUAUUUAUCUGUGAGUAAAGUUCUGCCUUGGGUUACACUUAAAAAAUAAAAAAUACCCGUGGUACACAGGCAA